GUUAUGUCCGCGGAGAGUAUUGCCCCUAUAGUGAAACUUUUUUUUGUGAGUUACUAUACUCAUUCAUUUAUAGGAUAAGAAGAGUCAAGAAAAGUGACUUGAUAUGACCCUCAACUCUCAAGCCAUAGCCAUGGCUACCACCGGAGUAGGAGGAGGAGGAGGAGGAGGAGAAUUAGACAUGGAUAAUAAUCCGGUUAUGCCCGGGUUCCGGUUCCACCCGACCGAGGAGGAGCUCAUCGAGUUCUACCUCCGCCGCAAGGUUGAGGGCAAGCGCUUCAAUGUAGACCUCAUCACCUUCCUCGACCUCUACCGCUACGAUCCUUGGGAGCUUCCGGCUUUUGCGGCUAUCGGAGAAAAAGAGUGGUACUUCUACGUGCCUAGAGAUCGGAAGUACCGUAACGGCGACCGGCCGAACCGGGUGACAGCAUCCGGGUACUGGAAGGCGACGGGGGCAGACCGGACGAUCCGUAACGAGGGCGAAAACCGGUCGAUCGGGCUGAAGAAGACGCUGGUGUUCUACGCAGGGAAGGCUCCGAAGGGAGUGAGAAGCAGCUGGAUCAUGAACGAGUACCGGCUGCCUCAGACCGAGAUGACCAACUGCAAGACUGAGAUCUCGAUUUGUCGAGUCUACAAAAGAGCCGGAGUUAUCGAAAAUCAUCGUCAUCGCCCUCCUGCCACCCUAACUGCUUCUGUCCCUAAGCCCUCAAGACCUCAUGGAAACAGCAGCAACAACAAUAAUAAUAAUUCUGUAUGGUCGACUCUCAUGGAGAAUGUGACAAGUGCACAGGGUGGCACUAACCCUAAUUCCCUACUCUCGGUGCAAAUGGGCGGUGAACACACUGGUCUUUUCUACACACCGACUGCCUCGUCGGUGGCUCAUUCUCUGAGCUCCACCACCACGUCGACCGAAGAAGACGGCGCGUCUCUUCGCCCGAUUCUAACUUCCCCUACUCCCUCCAUGGCUGCUCAGGUGAUUGAUGAGCUCAACAAACUAGUAGGGUUCAACACCAACUUUGACGUGAGCACUAAUAUAAUCAACAACAACAACAACAACAACUAUGGCGGCCAGUUCUUCCACUUGCCACCCUUCGGUAACUCAUUGCCUAUCAUGACCAGUGCUUCACACAAGCUGUGGGAGUGGAAUUUCUCUCUUCAGGAGAAUGGUAGGGAUUACACUGAAUUCAAGUGAUGUUAAUCGAGAUGCAUACUUAAUUAAUUAUGUAUUCUAAUUAUUCAAAACGAUUUAUCUGAAAUUGUAACUAUAUAUAUUGUGUAAGCAAUAUACAGAAGUCUAGCUAUAAGCUACUGAACUCAUAGGCAUAUAAUAUCAGUACUGUUGUGCUUU